AUGGAUUGUCCGAAUAAAAGCAAGGACAAUUUAAAGGCUAGGUUGGAUAUUGAAUUGUAUUGUCAGAAGCCAAAUUUACAUUUGCAACAAGAUAUGAGUGGUCGGGUUUACAAACCUAAAGGCACUUAUUGUCUACACAAGAAACAACAACAAGAAGUUUUGUCAUGGAUGAAGGAAUUAUCAUUUCCUGAUGGUUAUGCUUCAAGCAUUUCACGAUGUGUGAAAGAGGCACAAUGUAAGGUUUCGGGGAUGAAGAGCCAUGAUUGUCAUGUCUUCAUUCAAAGACUUCUUCCAACCGCUUUCCGACCUUACUUACCUAGGCCACUGUGGGAGGCAUUAACUGAACUGUCCGUAUUUUUUCGAGAUAUUUGUUCAACAAAUUUAAAUGCCCAGCACAUGGAGUUAAUGCAGAUGAAUAUAAUUGAAAUAAUUUGCAAACUUGAAAGGAUUUUUCCUCCAUCCUUCUUUGACUCCAUGGAACACUUGACGAUACAUCUACCUUACGAGGCAAAAGUUGGUGGACCAGUUCAAUAUCGAUGGAUGUAUCCAUUUGAACGGUAUAUGUUUUAUUUGAAGAAGAAAGUGACCAAUAAAGCUAAAGUUGAGGGUUCCAUAUGUGAAGCAUACUUGAUUGAUGAAAUUACCAAUUUUACAUCUCAUUAUUUUGGUGAUGACGUGCAAACAAUUUGGAAUCGAGUUCCACGGAAUGAUGAUGGUGGCCUUAGAAGUGUAGAUGGAUGUCUCUCUAUUUUUUCCUAUCUAGGGAAAAAAUUAUCCAAAAGAUUUUAUAAAAGGCAGUUGUCACAUGCUGAAAUGCAAAUUGCGCAUAACUAUGUGAUAUUCAAUUGUCAAGAACUGAAGCCUUAUUUAGAGUUCAAUAACGCAUCGUGUGGACGUGCAAUCGGAGAUAUUUUGAGGUCCAAUUUUAAGGGAGCAUGGCACUCUUGGGAAAAAGUAGAUUCAAUGUGCAGGGAUGAACUCUUUAAAGAGUUUAAGAAAAAAUAUUCCUUUCCUGAGGAAGAUGAGUCGAUUGUUCGUAAUAUUUGGGAAGAUAAGGCUAGGAUAGCUUUGAAUCAACAAUUGACACGAGCUCGCAAGAAAGCCAUGUCAAAAGAAAACACUACAAAUAUUAUAGAUUGCCUUGAUAAAGGUCCUACCUGGAUAAACAAUGAUGACUGGAAUCAAAUGAUCAAAGAUGUUUGGUCCACCCCUGAAUUUCAAAGGAGGUCUGAAUCUUCUAGGAGGAAUCGAUUAACCAAAACAGAUGGCAAAAUAAGCACUCAUUCUGGAGGAACAGUGUCAUUUGCAUCAUAUCGAGCUAACAUGCAAGAGGAAGCUGGUGGAAAAGAACCUCCAUGGGAUGAUGUCUUUUUAGCUUUGCAUCAAAGUACUAAGCAGUCUGGUAGCUUCGUCGACAAGUCUAAAAAAGUGGUUGUAUUUACAAAGGGUAGGGUAUAUGGUGCUCCUCGUAUGCCAAAAUCAAAAGUUAGUACAAGCUCUUCAUCACAUUCCUACUCGGUGGAGUCAUCAUAUCCCAGUUCAUCAUAUCGAGCAUUGCAAAAGGAGAUAAAGGAUAAAGAAGAGGAGAUAAAGAAAAAAGAUGAUUUUAUUCAUGAAAUGAAACGGCAGAUGGAUUCCAUGAAAGAAUAUCUUGUGAACAAUCUUGGAUACCAUGGUGGGACAUCAAAUAUUGAUCAAGCAACGGAUUUAUCCGUUGCUAAAAUGAGCAACGGAGAAUCCGUUGCUAGUUUUGCAACGGAAAAGCCGUUGCUGACAGUUAGCAACGGAUUAUCUGUUGCUGAGAAAUUAGUAAAGGAUUUAUCCGUUGCUAAAAAAUCAGCAACAACAAAUCUGCAUCCGAUUUGUGCCGUUGCUGAUUCCGAUGCUAAAUCGUUUUAG